AUGUUUCAAACAAAAUGUAUAUUAUUUUAUAUCACGGUAUUCCUACUUUUAAUGUUAUGUCUUUUAUUUUAUAUGCUUGGAGCUGCUCGUUAUGUUACGGAUUUUGAAGAAAAUACGUGUGACAUGACAUAUAUGUUUGAAUAUCCACAAUAUGUGAGAAUCUCCUUAAAUAAUGAAAUAGAAGAACAAUAUCGAAGAUAUGGAUUAUAUGCAUAUGGAGAAGGUUUUAUUACUGAGAAACUUAGAAGGAUGUACUUCUCAGGAAUACCAGUUCUUUUUAUACCUGGUAAUCUUGGAUCUCAUGAACAAGUAAGGUCUCUUGCUUCUGUGAGUUUAAGGAAAAGUUUAAAGGACCGAACUUCAUUUCAUUUUGAUUAUUUUACUGUAUCAUUAGGCAAGGAUUAUUCUGCUUUAUAUGGAGGUGUACUAAUGGAAGAGACAGUAUAUGUUUCAUACUGUAUAAAAAAAAUAUUAAGUUUAUAUAAAACUAAUAUGGAUAGCAUUAUUCUUAUAGGACACUCAAUGGGAGGUAUUAUAGCUAAAGGUUCUCUUUUAAUGACACCAAAUGUAAAUGCUAGUGUUGCAAGUAUCAUUAUUACUUUAGCUACUCCUCAUAUUCCCACUUUAGUAUUAGACCAUACUUUUGCCAAUUAUUACAAAAAUUUAGAAAAACGUUUAAGUGAAAUAAAAGAUGCAGGAACUAGUGUAAUAUCAAUAGGAGGUGGACCACGAGAUACACUUAUAACUUCAACACAAAUUUUUGAUUCUACAGCAGAUUUUAAUGUUAUUUCUAAUACUAUGCCAGGUGUUUGGAAAUCCACAGAUCAUCUAAGUAUUUUGUGGUGUAAACAGUUAAUGCUAUCUGUUGUGCGUUCACUGUUUGACUCUGUUGAUUAUACUCAAAAACCAGCUAAAAUUUUUUCUACAGCUAAUGAAAGAAUGCAAGCAUUGUCAUAUCAUUUCCAUCAUCGUACUUCUGGAAAAAAAUUAUAUUCUCAUAAAGAAACAAUACAAUUUGAACCUGGUGGUGAAUGGAUUGAGAAUAUUCAAAGGCACUAUACAUGGACUAACAAAAAUUUAUCUAAGAAGACAUCCUGUAUUUAUGUUAUGAUUAGAUUAAAUGGACAACCAGACCAUUUAACUAUUGACACUACAAAUUUAGAAUCCAAGGAUUGGUUAUUUGCAUGUACAGCCUCUUAUAUACAACAACAAUCAAGAGUUUGCAACUGGGGAUGGAAUUUGACAAAUAGAACAAGAAUUUUACCCGAUCCGUCACAUCGUAUAAGAAAAAUUGUUGACUUAAAUUUUCAAGAAAUAAAAUACCCUGAUGUAACACAUAUUAUAGUAAGAAUUACACCAGAUAGUUUAAAAAACUAUAUUUCAGUAAAUGUUGAUUUGUAUUCUUAUGAUACAAGAGUUAUACCUAUCAAAAGUAAUUUACCUUUGUUAAAAAAUUUAUUUGUAAUACCACAAAUCAAAAAAUCAAAUCUUGGACAUAUUAGAUAUUAUGUCAAUUUUGAUAACACUGUGAAUGUCUUAGCAGUUGAACUUAAAGCAUCUGAAUGUACAGAUCCAAAACAUCACGCAAUAGUUGAAUUAUUAGAACCAUGGAGUAUUGGAGUUACACAAAUUCAAAUUUUUACAGUCAUUGAUGAUGGGCCAAAAACAAUGAAAAUUCAAACUAAAUAUAAGUAUCCCGACAUUUUUCCAAACUUAAGAAUAACUCUAGAUCCUGCAUGUUCAUAUGUAAUUAAUAUUCAAGAAGGUGGGAUUAUAGAUCGAAUAUCUUGUACUGUAAGAGACCGCUGGUAUCUGUUAUAUACAACAAUUAUUAGCUUACUCUUACUAUUUUUAUCUACAAGGAUUAACCAUGGCCACAAACAAACUCCAAUAAUUGUAAUUACCAUAUUUCUCUCAUUUUGUUAUAAUUUAAUAUUUGAAUGUUUAAUUGCCUUGGCAAUUAUUUGUGUAUUCAUUAUUGGACUAUGCUGUUCCAUUAUAUUCCUUGGUUCAGUAGCUCAUGGUAUUGCUGUUAGAUUUCUAGCACGUGCAAUAACUUUUUCAACAACAUGGUCAGAUUGGUUGCUAGAAGGAUUAAAUCAGAUACCAUUUAUUACUGCAAUUUUAGUUUUAUCCUUAAUACCAGCAACUUGUGGAGCUUUAGCUAUGUUCAUUUCACUUUUUCUGUAUUUUUUAAAUUUGACGAAAAUGUAUGAAGAUUAUUUAGAAAAAUUAUUAAUAGCUUCAUUACAACAUUUUAAUUGGAUACGACAAUUUAAAACCCCAAAAGUUUAUUCUGAAGAUCAUGAGAACACAAGACAAAAAAUAUUCAAUCAUCUUAUUCUUUUCACACUUUGGUGUUUUACUGCUAUUCCAGCUAUACCAACUGUACUUGUUUGGGCAAAAAAUUUCAGUUAUAAUAUGACAAUUUCUACUGAAGAUCCUUUGUUACUUCAAAGCUGGACAGUUUUAGUAACAUGUAGUACAAUGGGAUCGGUACAACUUCCUCUUAAUAUUCGCAAGAGCAAUUCUCAAAUAUUAUCAAGUAUAUUAUGUUUCCUAGGUUGGGUUGUACUUUUAAUGGGAGCAGCAACUCAUCCCUCUUUUUAUCAAUAUUAUAUGCCACCUAUUGUAGCUGGAGUUGUUGUUAUCAUCUCGAUUAUGUGAAAAAGAGAGAAGUGGAAUUAAUCGUCUCGACAUAAAAUGUUUAUGCUAUACAUCAACUUUUCGUGCAUGUAAAAAUUAUGUAAUAUAAUAGUGUCAGAGUGACCACUUAAAUGUCCAUGAGUUAUCCUUACCGUUUUCUGGAAUUGGAGGCGGAUUUGAGUAAGAAUAAGACUGUAAAUCACAAUCGAUCAAUUUUUAAAAUAAACUUCCCGGGAUAAAUAUUCACACUGGAUGUUAAUCGAAGGACAUAUAAGUGGAUACCACUAUCGUAUAUCAUAUUUGUGUAAAAGUAUUUAUUUUUUG